AUGGAGUCUAAAGAGGAUCAUUGCAGUGGAGGAGGAAGAUGGCGAUGUGUUUGGCGACGGGCGGCCUGCCUCUUUGUCUUUUUGUGGUUUUUCCUAAAUGGAACGGAGGCACAAAUCCGCUAUUCGAUCCCAGAGGAGAUGAAAAAAGGCUCACUUGUCGGAAAUGUGGCCCAAGAUCUCGGUUUGGAUCUAAAAAGACUCCGUUCUGGGCGUGCCCGCAUCGUGACGGGGGAGAACGUCCAGUACACGGAGCUGAGGACGGACAAAGGGCUUCUGGUCGUCCAUGAGAGGAUAGAUCGAGAGCAGCUUUGUGGAGACGUGACGCCGUGCAGCUUCACCUUUGAGAUUUUACUGGAAAACCCCAUGGAAUUACACCCUGUGACCAUCGAAGUCGUUCGCAUCCUGAUCCAGGACCAGAACGACAACGCCCCCCAGGUCCUGUACCCGGUCCAGACGGGCGGCUCGGUGCUGGCUGAAAUGGUGCCUCGUUCAGCAGAUGUGGGCUACCUGGUGACUAAAGUGGUGGCUGUUGAUGUGGACUCUGGACAGAACGCCUGGCUCUCCUAUAAAGUGCACAAAGCCACAGACAGGGCGCUGUUUGAAGUGGGCCUACACAAUGGAGAAAUAAGAACUGUCCGCCAAGUCACUGAUAAAGAUGCUGUCAAACAAAGACUGAGUGUUCUAGUGGAGGACAACGGGCAGCCCUCUCGUUCAGCUACAGUCAUUGUUAACGUGGCGGUGGCGGACAGCUUCCCUGAAGUGCUGUCAGAGUUCACUGACUUUAGCAUGCACGACAAGGAGUACAAUGACAAGCUGACUUUUUACUUAGUCUUGGCUUUGGCUGUAGUCUCCUUCCUCUUCAUCACCUGCUUGCUGCUCAUCAUAUCAGUCAAAGUGUACAGGUGGAGACAGUCUCGCGUCCUGUACCACUCCAACCUCCCUGUCAUUCCAUAUUAUCCACCACGUUACUCAGACACUUUGGGGACAGGGACUCUCCAACACGUGUACAAUUACGAGGUGUGCAGGACCACCGACUCCAGGAAAGGUGACAUGAAGAAUAUGCAAGCCAUGAGUCAAAGUUUAGUGAGUGUGGAUGGAGCUGAUGCUGAUACACCACAUGUGACCAAGCACAUGUCGGGAAACUUUUCACAAAUGUCAACUUUGUUUUCCAAGUUCUAA